GCGGUCUAUCGUUCUAUUUGAUUAUCAGUACUCUUACCAGCCAUCAAGCUGGAACCUGCAGCUUAGUGCACUGCGAAAGGCCCCUCUACUAUGGCCCCUCAAUCCGCGAAACCUGAAUGCUGGCGUUGCUUCCAAGUGCCGGAGAAGAUAUUUAAAUGCUCACGUUGCAAAACUGCCAUAUAUUGCGGGAAGGAAUGCCAGAAAGCGCACUGGCAAUUGCACAAAGACGCGUGUGCAAUCGAGGCGGAAAUGGGAAACGUCGAGGGUGACAUAGGCCAGCUAGUGAAGCAAAUGCGCAAAUGGGCCGUUAUCCACCGCGGCGUCAUCGACCUCGCCGUCUCGCACGCCCUGCAAGUCGAAGCCUUCCCGGACCGCAUCUUCACGCACUACCUCAUGCUCACCCUGAAGCACCACCCCUCCGCGAAGCCCGCCUCCCGCUUCUCCGUCUUCUCCGCGGCGAUCCUCCCGCUCCCGCCGCUCGAGCUGCGCCCGCCGUACGUGCGCGCGCAGGUCGCCGACAUCGUCGACAAGGGCGGGCUCGGCAUCGCGUACUGCUCGCUCGUAUGCGGGGCCGCGCAGGUCCCGCACGGCGCGGCGGUCAUGGGAAGGUUCGAGACGCGCGUGCUCCUCCGGAAUUGGCUGGACAUCCUGAAGGACGUCACGGAGGGACGCGUCAAGGUGGAUGACGUGCGCCAGCUCACGUGGAUAAAGCCUCGGAUAACGGACAAAUUCUUGGAUAAGGAGGAGAAGUACGGUGCUAUUAACUGGUCCAGGAGUGGUAUCUCGGGCGAGAUUUUAUCCAAGGCCGAUCCCAACUUCCGCGAGCCAUUACCGGACUCCUUUUGCAAGAGCACGCAAAGGAUAGUACAGUUGAUAGAGUCUGGGGCUAUACCCCCUUGUCCCACAUGAUUUGUGGGUACAAUUGUCUCUUGCCUUCAUGACCAUCGAAUGGUACCAGAUGGGACCCUAUAUCAUGUAUAUACCUCCGGAGCGUCUUGUAUCCAUACCCUCAUGUACUCCAUCGUGUAAUUGUUCUUCGAACUAUAUAUCAGCA